CAUCGGCUCCUCCACACAGUACCAAGGUGCAUCACAAGUUUCCAUGUUCAGAAAUGGAACUAGCAUCACGUCGACAAGCGGGCGGACGGCGGACAAGGAAAUGCGACACAUGUAGGGAUCGCAAAGUGAAGUGUGGUAAGCACGCCUUUAUCGACCCCGCCUUCAAACAUCGUCUUGUGAGCCUGACAGGCCCCCGCUGAGCUUCCAGACCAGCAAGAGCCAUUCUGUGGAACAUGUAGAAGAAUUGGAUACAUCUGCAAGGGCUACAAUUCGCCAGUUGUGAUUGUUCCCUGUCAACCACAAAACCGCCAGGGACAGCUAGCAGAGAAGAAAGAUUCUAAGACGACGCGAGAUAGAAACAGCAACAACGCAUUCCUACAAGUAGAUCUACAGGCAUUAUUCUCGGUUCCUCGAUUUCCUAUUGACUCGGUCGCGAAUUUUCGGUCGUAUUUCCUGCUUCGGCUUGUUGGCGAUGGGACUUGCUGUUCUGGCAUGGUUUCCCUGCUGUCGACAUUCUUAGACAAAAGUAUACCGGAAAAUUCGUUGCAGUAUAGAUGUAUAAAGGCACUCACAACGAGUUAUUACUCCAUGAGGGCCUCAGACAUUCGUGCAUACGAGGAAAGCAUGCGCACAUAUUCUGACGCAUUGAAAGGCGUCCGGUUCGCUGUGGCCCGUCGCCCUCCACAGUUGGAACCGGAUAUUCUUAUGAGCAUAAUGUGUCUUUGCUUGUAUGAAAACAUCAUCGUCACACGAGCAAGGUCUUGGAUAGAGCAUUACAUAGCAAUUUCUCAUAUGAUUGAGAUGCAAGGGCCCGAGUAUUAUCAGACUGGUCGAAACAGAGAUAUUCUUCUAGCGUUCCGAUACACGAUAAUAGUCAGCGCCGGAACUCGUCGGUACCACUGUUUCCUAGCCCAAAAACGUUGGAAAUCAAUUCUUGAGCCUCGGGAGACCGAAUCAUUCAACCCAUUUGAUACUUUGCUUAAUAUCGCAGUUGCAGUUCCGGGCUUGCUUCACGACCUUGAUUCCUUCAAGAAUGGCACUUUGUGGGAUGAAAGGGAACGCACCAGAUUGGCUCUUCGCACCGGAGAUAUGCUGGUUGCUCUUCAGUUUUGGCGAGAGGCAUCUCUACCUAUUUGGUCAUUAGAUGAUGGCUCUCUGCAAAGACAUAGCCAUCAGGUUGCCCGUGCGAUUGCUUUCCAUCAUAUGGUUGUUCUUCUUGUAGAGGACCUAAGUUAUUUAUUUGGGGUUCCGUGGCUACCUCCAACGUCGUUGUCGUUGAAAUCCACACCUGGGUUGAUGAAAGCUUCAGCCACAACUGGGCGAGCUGAGCGCAAGCACGUCCUGGCGACUGAAAUAUUGCGUCUAGCCGAAUUAUUUAUAAGUGAUGAUACAGCUAUAUACGGUGUUCUUACUUUCAUAAUGUCCUUGCAUGUUGCGCAUGAUAAUCUCCUCCAGGCAAGUCCAGAGAUGGAUGCUAUCAGGCACCUCAUGAACACGGUUAUGGCGGAGCAGCACGGGUUUAACAUGGCACGGCAGUACCGAGGCAUGUACAAGGCUUUUGAGAAUGUAUCUUUGUAGUUGGUUAGGGUAUCUGGCUUAGGCAGCUGGCUGACGAUGAUGCUUUUAUUGGAGUAUACCAGGCUAAGUCUACUAGGUACAAUGAUAAACCUGGCAUCAAAUCCUGUGCUGCAAUUAGCAACUGCA